CCGAACGAACAAAAGGUCUGCAACUAGUUUGAGGCGAAAAAAUCCUAGCUUUUGGGAAACAAUGGCGUCCUUUAUCUCCUCCAGCACAACACUACCAAAUUAUACUCCUUCUUUGAACCCUAAAUUCAAACAAACAUCUUUCUCUUCGUUCAUCCUUUCGCCCAAUUCAAACCCUAGAAAAAAUUCUCAUAAAGAACUAUUCUCUUGCUAUGCUGCAAAGCAGCAACAGAGUGAACCGGUGAAGAAGCGUCAGUCUUCGACGACUAACAAGAAGCCGGUGAAGAAGAAUAGUAAAAAUGGUGGUUCUGGAUCUGGGUUUAAGAAGGGUUUUGGUGUAAAUGAGGAAGAAGAUGAUGAAAUGAGGUAUCAGCCACUGCCGUUGCCCAAACCACCAGCUGGUUUCAUUGUGGAUGAUCAAGGGAGAGUUGUUGCUGUUUCGGACAGACGAAUUGCUACAAUUGUAUGUUACUUUAAUAUUUUUAUCUUGUAAAUAUAAUCUAUAUGUUUAUAUAAUCUAUGCAUGACUACAUAUGAGAAGUUGAAGAAAUUAGCAAUUGUGAUUUUGUUACAGAUAAGGCUAGGAUUACUAAUUCUGGUUUUGAUAAUGCCAAGAUAUGCCUGUUGCAAAAAUUG